GCUUCAUCACCUGGACAGACAAGAAAUGGCCACCCGUUCCAAAGGAUGGAGCUGCGAGACGCCGAAACAGAGGACAGCGGAGAAGAGAGCCGGAGGAAACGAGACACGCUCGCCGUCCCGACGGAUAGAAGUCACUACGAGACGAACGUUCAGCCGAGCAUCUCAGAUGCUGAUGCUUCAGGAUUUGGCCUUCUGCAUACAUCAAGAAGAUAUGUGAAGCUGGUGGAUUUCCAGGAGGAGGUGAGAGCUCACCGGGAUCUGGAUGGGUUUUUGGCCCAGGCCAGCAUCCUGCUGGACGAGAGGGCGGCCUCCCUGGAUGAAGUGCUGCGCAGAAUGCUGGAGCAUGUGGCCACGGACGGCCAGGGGAGCUGCAAUGCGGAGGAGGUCAUGAGUGCUCUGUUCACAGACGCCGGAGGACAGGAGGCCAACGUUCACUUGUUGACCGAGACCAUUCAGGGAGUGACAGCGACAGCCACUGGAGUUCGCUACCAGCAGUCCUGGCUCUGUGUGCUCUGUAACGUGAAGAGUCUUCAGAGACGCUGCGUCUGUGUUUCGCGUCUGGAGCGGCCGCAGAACUGGGGUGUGAACUGCUGCGAGGUUCGCUAUGUUAUCCUCAUCCUGGCACCGCCUCGCACAAAAAGCACAAAGACCGCCAUAGAGCUCGGACGCACGUUUGCCACCUUGUUCUCAGACAUCUCGUUUAGACAGAAACUCCUGGAAACGAAGACCCAGGAGGACUUCAAGCAGGAGCUGGUGAUUCAAAGGCAACGGCUCUCCACUGCCAUCCAGAAGCCCUCGCUGGAGAAAGAGACCGACCCACACAGCAACAAACCACUCAAGGUAAAAGAUUUCCUCCGAGCAGGUCGUGGCAUUUAUGAAGACCUGUGCCGCAGGCUUCCGUUGUACCUGUCGGACUUCACAGAUGGGAUUCUGGACGCUAACAGAUCUUUGCUGAAGUACACCACCACAGCCAUCUUCCUCUACAUCGCCAUCCUGCUGCCGGCCAUUGCGUUCGGCUCUCUGAAUGACGAGAGCACGCGAGGAGAGAUAGAUGUACAGAAGACUAUAAUUGGUCAGUGCAUUGGAGGAGUGAUUUACUCUCUUUUUGCUGGCUCUCCACUGGUCAUUCCUCUCACCACUGCACCUCUAGCCAUCUUCAUCAGCGUAAUCAGAGGCAUCUGCGAUGACUACGACCUCGAUUUUCCAGCUUUUUACGCCUGCAUCGGCCUCUGGAACAGUCUGUUCCUCAUACUGGGAGGCAUCUUCAAUGUCAGCCUGUUUAUGAAGCUCUUCAAACGCUCCACAGAAGAAGUGAUAGCUUUGUUCAUCUCCAUUGCCUUUGUGGGCGACGCUUUGAAAGGCACCAUAAAGAUAUUUCAUAAAUAUUAUCAUGGCCUUACACUAGUCAACGGAAGCACAGAGGAACUGCAUGGUCUGGGUGUGAUACUUCAUCAGGGAGUGAACGGAACAGAGAACGGAGGCAUCUCACUGCCUGCAACAAUGGUUCUGUGCACCAGGGAGCGCCCUAUUCUCUGCCUGCUGCUGAUGCUGGGAACACUGUGGCUGGGCUAUGCCCUCUUCCUCAUCAAGAGAAGCCCAUUCCUGCAUGCUAAAGUCAGGGAGGUGGUGUCAGACUGUGCAUUGCCAAUCUCUGUGGUCAUCUUCUCCUUUGUGGGCUCUUACCUGUUCAUCGACAUUCAGCUUCCAGUAUUCAACUACCAGAAUGAAGCCCUAUUCAGAGUAGCAGCUUUUGACCAGCUGACAGGGAUGAAUGUAUUAAGUGCAUGCGGUCUUGGCUUUCUCCUUGCCUUGCUCAUCUUCAUUGACCAGAAUAUUGUGGUGUCCCUCACCAAUGCCCCAGAGAACAGACUGCUAAAGGGAACGGCGUACCACUGGGACCUGAUGCUCUCUGGGUUUAUCAACAUCCUGAUGUCGGUGCUGGGGUUGCCAUGGAUGCACGCGGCUUUCCCACACUCCACACUGCAUGUGCGUCAGCUGGCGCGGGUGGAACAGCGAGUAGAGGGGGGCCACCUCUAUGAAACGAUAGUCAGCGUGAAGGAGACCAGACUUACCUCGCUGGCUGCGAACAUCCUGAUUGGUUUGUCAGUGUUUUUGCUACCGGUGCCUCUGCAGUGGAUACCGAAACCCGUUCUCUACGGCCUCUUCCUGUACAUCGCUCUCACGUCUAUUGAUGGAAACCAGAUGUGUGACCGAAUGGCCCUUCUGCUUAAAGAACAAACGUCGUAUCCACCCACUCACUACAUCCGCAGAGUGCCGCAGAGGAAGGUGCAUUAUUUCACAGGCCUGCAGAUUGUUCAGUUGAUCAUCCUGUGUGCGUUUGGGAUGUACCCUCUGCCCUAUAUGAAGAUGAUCUUCCCUUUACUCAUGAUCAUGCUCAUUCCAAUAAGGAACUACUUGUUGCCGAAGAUUAUUGAAGCAAAGUACCUGGAUAUCAUUGAUUCUCAACACAUGUAGAUGAACAAAUAAAAAAAGGGACUGUUCAGAAACAUUAACACUUCUAAAAUGCAGGGGGAAAGUGCAUUUCCUAUUUGUAUUCUUGUUAGAAAACAUGGUUUGCUGGCUGUGAUAUGUGCCUUCUAUGUGUUAUGGAUUCAUUCUUUAUACAACGGUCCCUGACAUUUUGUAUUUUUUUAGUGGAAUCAUAAACUCUUAUUUUUU